UUUAAUUCAUUGAUAUUACUUUUAACAAACUGAAAUGAAACCAAAAUAAUUUCGUUCAAUGAAGCUGGGAGGGAAGAUUUUUAAGGAAAAAACCUCGGAGGAAACUCGAUAGUGAUUCUGGAGAAGAGUCUGAUGACUGGGAAAAGAUCGAGGAGACGCAGAAUUACGAAGAUAUAAAUGGACCAGGAAAAAAACGAACUAAUUCCGAGGAAUAUUUAAGAGACGAGUCUGAAACAAGUUCCAAUUUGCCGUGGAAAUUAAUACUGCCAGAUGAGUUUGCAGAUAUAACAUUUAUCAAUGGCAACACGUACAGUGGUUGCAUCAGUAGGAAGAUGAUGGAAGGCAAAGGCGUGUACAAAUGGUCUAAUGGUGCUCGGUACAAAGGUGAAUUUGAACAGAAUCUUAUGCACGGAAGAGGUUUAUUAGAGUGGAGCAGUAAUUGUUGGUACGAGGGCGAUUUCGCGAAUGGUCAUCGACAUGGUAGAGGCCUGUUCGUGAAUGGAGAAGAUCAUUUCAUGUACACUGGUCAGUGGUGUUCGGGUCACAGACACGGAAAAGGUUACUGUCGUUUCGGUGACAAUGGUUCAUACGACGGCGACUGGGAAAUGGAGAAAAUGUCCGGCGUUGGAUUACGAAUUUACCCGAGUGGGGCUCGUUACGUUGGACAAUGGAAAGAUGGGCUUCGUCAUGGUAUUGGAACAAUGAUUUGGACUAAUGGGAAUGUUUAUCGCGGAGAAUGGAAAUGUGGUGCAAUGGAUGGUUACGGCGAGUACGUGUGGGAGGGAUUUUUCAAUAAAACUUUCACUUGGCCCCAAGAAGCUUCUUAUACAGGUGAUUGGCGUCGUGGAAUGCGUCAUGGAAAAGGACGAUUAAAAUUAAAAUCCGUGGGCGGUGCUGAAUAUUCUGGAUACUGGAGGGAUAAUAAAAAGCAUGGCCAGGGAAUUAUAAUUGGAAAUAACGGGGAGAAGUGUGAAGCUGAUCCUUUAUUUUUAAACGACAUUUUAGUUUCAUCUGAUGUCGCAAAUGGAACGUCACGAGAUCAAGCAGAAAUCGAAGAUAAGAGCACAUGUGUAGCGAAAGAAAUUAAACCAUUAUUUCUCGAAAAACCAAGCCAGUUGGGGAAGGCUCCCGUAACUCCGAUUUUGAAGCCAGAACAGUUCCCAUCUUUCUCUUACUAUCUGACUCGUCUAUUGGACCCAAAACGUUUGGAACCACGUUCCGUACCUUCUGUCUCAUCUGGAAAAUGUUACAACUGUGACAACCCAUCUUGCUCCUGUUUGGGACCGCAUACGAAUGGUGCCAUAGUGAGCGAAGAAAUAAUAAAUACCGAAACAGUAGAUGCUUUCAAAUCCAUUUGGGAGAACGAACAGCGUUGGUUGCAGAAUUGUUUAACGUUACAUAUCUCCCGUUUACGACAAAUUUAUAAGGAUUACGCUAAAUUGUUCGCGAAGUCAGCGCCGCAGUGUAAUCUUGCAAUGAGCAGAUUGUGUUUAUGGCAAUUAUGGCAAGAUUGUGGUAUUAACAAGAAAGGAUUGAGCUUAAGUGAAAUCGAUAACUAUAUGGCAAAGAAUGAGUCUGCCUUCGUGAAAGAUCCCUGCUAUCCAUUCGAAAAAAUUGAAAUUUGGCAAUUCUUACACGCGCUGCUAGAAGUUUCUUGGCAUUUAUACACCAAAAACGAUAACAUAGAAGAUCAGGAAAUGCAUGGCAAACUCGCUGGUGGUUUACAUAAAUUUUUGAAGAAUGAUGUAUACACUCACGUCGGAAAUCACGUUGGUAGUUUUUACCACGAAUACCAGAAUUUAUUGCCUUUGAAUUGUGUAUUCGAACUGUAUCAGAGCAUUGGACUGCCAUGUUCCACGAAAGACUUCCUUCGUGCUACCUGUGCUUUAAAAGGUGAUCUGAUUAAUUUAUAUGAUAUAUUAUAAUAUCCUAAA